AUUUAUAAUUUUCGGAGAGAGAGCUACAAGAAAAGUAAAUAAAUAUUGUUAUAAUAUACAGAAAACACUUGAAUAAUUAUUUGAAAAAUGUGUGGUAUAUUUGCUUAUCUUAAUUACUUGACACCAAAAACACGUCAUGAAGUGUUAGAUUUGUUGGUCAAUGGUUUAAAGCGUUUGGAGUACAGAGGUUACGAUUCGACUGGUGUGGCCAUAGAUGCCAUUGGUGAUCACAAUGACAUUAUGAUGGUCAAGAGAAGUGGCAAAGUAAAGGUUUUAGAAGAUGCAAUCAAUGAACUGUGUGCCGCCGAAGAUUAUUCAGCGCCCUUGAAUACGCAUGUUGGUAUUGCGCACACCAGAUGGGCCACCCAUGGUGUGCCUUCCGAAGUCAAUUCACAUCCUCAACGUUCUGAUAUGGACAAUAGUUUUGUGGUGGUCCACAAUGGCAUUAUAACUAAUUACAAGGAUGUAAAAACUUUGCUGGAGAAGAGGGGUUACAUAUUUGAGUCUGAAACCGAUACUGAAGUCAUAGCCAAAUUGGUUCAUCAUUUGUGGCAACAACAUCCUUCGUACACGUUCCGUGAACUGGUAGAACAGACCAUACAACAGCUGGAGGGUGCCUUUGCUAUAGCCUUUAAGUCACGACACUUUCCUGGUGAAUGUGUUGCUUCUCGUCGUGGCUCCCCUUUGUUGGUGGGCAUAAAAACCAAAACCCGUUUGGCCACCGAUCACAUUCCCAUACUGUAUGCCAAAGACCAUCGUCCCAUGGGUCAUGGUGGACUGCAACCUGUAUUGCCUUUAGUGUCACGCACGGAGAGUCAUUCGGAAUUUAUGCCUUUAGAAGAUACAGAAGUGGAAUAUUUCUUUGCCUCUGAUGCCUCAGCCAUAAUUGAGCAUACAAAUCGUGUUAUUUACUUGGAAGAUGAUGAUGUGGCUGCCGUUAAGGAUGGCGCAUUAAGUAUACAUCGUUUAAAACGUUGUUUAGAUGAUCCACAUGCUCGUGAAAUUACCACCCUAAAGACGGAAAUACAGCAGAUAAUGAAGGGCAACUAUGACUACUUUAUGUUGAAAGAAAUUUAUGAACAACCCGAGUCAGUGGUGAAUACCAUGAGGGGUAGAGUACGUUUCGACAAUCACACAAUAGUCUUGGGUGGAAUUAAGGAGUAUAUACCGGAAAUUAAAAGAUGUAGACGUUUGAUGCUGAUUGGUUGUGGCACCUCAUAUCAUAGUGCAGUGGCUACUAGACAGCUUUUAGAAGAAUUGACCGAACUUCCCGUAAUGGUGGAAUUGGCAUCUGAUUUCUUGGAUCGUCACACACCCAUAUUUCGCGAUGAUGUAUGUUUCUUUAUUUCUCAGUCCGGCGAAACAGCAGAUACUCUAAUGGCUUUGAGGUAUUGUAAGCAGCGUGGUGCCUUAAUUGUAGGCAUAACUAAUACAGUUGGUAGUAGUAUAUGUCGGGAAUCUCAUUGUGGCGUUCAUAUUAAUGCAGGUCCAGAAAUUGGUGUAGCUUCCACUAAGGCGUAUACCUCACAAUUCAUAUCCCUAGUGAUGUUUGGAUUGGUAAUGUCGGAAGAUCGCCUGUCACUACAACAAAGAAGACAAGAAAUAAUAACAGGUCUCUCAAAUUUAGCUGAACAAACUCGAGAUGUUCUGAAGCUUGACUCUAAGAUUCAAGAAUUGGCCAAAGACUUGUACCAGCAUAAAUCUCUUCUAAUAAUGGGACGUGGCUACAAUUUUGCCACCUGUCUGGAAGGUGCCUUAAAAGUUAAAGAACUUACGUAUAUGCAUAGUGAAGGUAUAUUGGCUGGUGAACUAAAACAUGGUCCCUUGGCUUUGGUGGACGAUGAGAUGCCAGUAUUGAUGAUUGUCUUACGUGAUCCGGUUUAUGUGAAGUGUAUGAAUGCCUUGCAACAGGUGACCUCUCGCAAAGGCCGCCCUAUUAUCAUCUGCGAGGAAGGUGAUGAAGAGACUAAAUCGUUUUCUUCACGCAGUUUAGAAAUACCACGAACCGUUGAUUGUCUUCAAGGUAUUUUGACAGUCAUACCUAUGCAAUUGUUGUCAUAUCACAUUGCAGUCUUAAGAGGAUGCGAUGUUGAUUGUCCGCGUAAUCUUGCCAAAUCUGUAACAGUAGAAUAGAAAGGAAAAGUGAUUUUUUUGAUAUGCUAUUCCAAAAAUAAAUAAUCUAACAUACAUAGUUCUUAAAAGUUCAACACAAAGUUAAAUAAGUUUUAUUGCAUUUUCAAUAUUUAAUUUACAUAAACGUUGUAUUUAUAUUUUAUUAUGGCCAUAAAAGAAACUUUCUAAAAUUAUGAAUAAUAUCAAACAAACCAAAAUUAAAGAUUUAAAUAUAAUCGACUUAAAGAACCGUGGCCUGGGCGAAAGUUAAGUUGUGCCUUUAGUUAUCAACUCCUACAGAGUUACAUUUCCCUUUUGUAUUACUUAUUAUAUAGCAAUUGUAUCUGGUAUGUUUUUGCUACUACAUAUUUUUUAAUUCCUUUAGAAAGUUUUUUAUUUUAUCUUCCUAUUUUUUAAUCUUUAUUGUUAUGUCUAUAUCAUUAUUGUUCAUACAUGAUUUGUAUGGUUUUAUAUUCAAAAUUAUUUUAUGUAUUUUUCCAAAAUCUGUGCAAUUCUACAAUUCUAUUGUAGUUAUUAACUAAACUAUUUCUUUCAUAUAACGCCAUUUUAUAUAGUAAAAUAUUUUCAUUUUAUUACUACAUAUUUUUAAUCACUUGACUUAGUAAAAAAUAAAACAAAAAUAUAUA